UAUGUGUAAUAUUCUGAAAUUUACAGGAAUUUUUGCAAUAUCAUGCACUAUGAAGCAGCACCGCUUAAGAUUGUUCGUGCGGAGAAGCAGUAUAUGACUGAUAAUUGUGGUAUUCGAUAUCUGGACUGUGUAUCAAACAGUGCUCAUGUUGGCCACUGUCACCCACAUGUUGUCACCGCUGGGAAGAUCAAUGGCAAUCUUGUGUCUUCACAAGGUUUUAUCAGUGAACCUUUACAAAAUACACCAAACAGCUUAUAAUAAUUUUCCAGUUCUCUUAGUGUUUGCUAUCUGGUAAACUCAGGUAGUAUUGCAAAUGAUCUGGCUCUGCGGUUAGCAAGGGCUUACACAAAAAGAAAGGAUGUUAUUGUAUUUGAUGAUGCAUAUCAUGGAAACCUUGGAAAUCUAAUAGACAUCAGCCCAAAAAUGUUCAAACAGAUGGCGCAGGGGAAAAAAGAAUUUGUUCAUGUAAUUCCCUAUCCUGAUGUAUUUCGUGGGAAUCAUAGAGAGGAUGAUCCUCGAGCAGUCGAAAAGUACAUUCUAGAUGCUGAAGUUGUUAUACGAGAAGCUGUCAAGAAUAAUCGAAGUAUUGCAUGUUUUAUAUCGGAGUCCAUAUUCGUAAAUUGUGGUGUUAUUGUACCUCCCAAAAAUUAUUAUAAACUUUUAUACAAUUUGAUUCGUGAUAUUGGUGGUGUGUGUAUUGCAGAUGAAGUACAAACUGCUCUAGGACGAACUGGAGAGUACUUUUUAGCUUUUGAGGUAUGUGAAGUACAUUUUGUGUCAAAUGAUUUUUUUAUAUUCAUGAUUUUUAAUAUUUUCAACUUCAUUUGCAAAUUUUACUGCCUUCAGCCGUCGGGGAACACUUUCAAUGAGGUGCUGACAGAUCUCUGGUUCGAUACUGUUCCAAGCAGCGAUGAUGGCGGCUUUGAGUUUCUCGAUAUUGGAGCAGUCAACCUUCUGCAAACGUUUUUUAAUGAUCGACCACAGAUUUCUAUGGGACUAAAAUCAGGGGAAUUAGGGGGCCAGUCACUUAAAAGCUCCACACCACAAUCCUGCAACCAGUUCCUAAUCAAUGGCGUUGUGUGGCACCGUGCGCCGUCUUGCUGA